AUGUCGGCAGAAGAGUUCCACUUUGCAAUGCUAGUCUACUGCACGUCAAUGCGGGCCUUUGGGCUAGUGUCGAUGGAUUCUUCGGAGUCGUAUGAAGAACAGCUUAUAAAGGAAAAUCUUCUAGCCUAUCUAGCACACAUAGCUUACGUGCAGUAUCAAACAAUGCACAGAUUAAUAACGCAGCAGGGAACUAACACACUUGCUGAGAACUGCCGGUUGUUCUGGAAGAGCCAUGGCAGCCAGAGCGGGGAACCUGGACCUCUAACUAGCAGUGUUACCUCUUUUCUGAAACGAGAGAUCAAGGCUCUGCUCCGGGUUAUCCUGCUUGGGGCGUCUCAAACAAUGUUUUAUAGAGUCAUCGAUUUAUCCAAAGCUUAUCAACAAUACUCUGCGUUAAAAAACGCCAGCACGUCUUCCAAAGAUCCACUGCGCUACACCGACUUCGUUUCUGAUAUCCAUGAUAUUAUACUGAGUACUACGAACAAGCGACUAAUCACUUUAUUGCACAAUCAUCUUCUUCAUUUCUACAAAAUAAAGUAUCCACAGCUAUUCUAUAUGAGGAAGUCCGUCACAGGCACUGUUUUGACUCUGGAUGAGCAUCAGAAGUUAGACCAACAAUAUGCGCAGUACGUUGAGACACUUAUAGAGCAGCAGGUUUACUGUAGUACGUGUCACGUCGAAGUGCACACAGAAGCAGAUAUGCAGGCACACAUGAUGGGACGAAGGCACAGGGCAGCAGUUCGACACAGCACACAGAAGACCAAUCAUGAGCACUAUGAGGCAUUUGCUAUUUUACAUAAGACUUUACUUUUACUGAACUUCCUGAAGAGAGAAAUGUCUUUGACGGUCAACUACAAUACCCUAGGGGAUACCUCCACACAAAGCGUGUCGCAACCCUUUAUAGAGUGUUACGAGGAAGACAGGAUCAAUAACUUUACUGAGAAGCUAAUUGACUUAUCUUAUAAGCUGACAGUUUCGCUUAGUCUCCAGGUUAGCAGAGAUGCAUACGUACCCAUUCUAUCCCUUUUACCGGCGGGUGUUGUUAAGCAAAACAAUGUAAGUGACGUGGCAGGAAGAAUAACCGUUAAGAAACAGAUAUAUGAUCCUAACACUGGUGAGGAAAUACCCAAGUGGCAGUACGAUGCCCACGGGUUACAUCGUCGAUUUUUGUGCGAAGUAUGUGGAGAGUUAUUUUACUACGGGCAAAAGGUAUUUGAUAAGCACUUCUUAGAAAGACAGCACAUAGCGGGGUUAGAGGCUCUCGGCAUAAACAGUGAUGAGUACAAACGGUAUGCAGGACUUACCACACGGUCAGCCGUCCUUGAUCUCAAGGCCGCGAUGAGCAAAGCUACUCCAUGUAAUACUGCUCAUUGCAGUAGCGCGUUGCCAUAA